AUGGGUAAUAAUGUUAGUAGUAAGAUAAAUAAUUUUGUUGAAUUUGAAAAUUAUAAAUAUAUUGGAGAAUUAGAUAAAAAUAAUUUACCUCAUGGAAAAGGAUUAAUUUUAUAUAAUUCAGGAGAAUCCUUUUAUGGAUAUUUUAUGAAUGGAAAAAGGAAUGGAAAGGGAAUUUAUAUUGAUAAGAAAUUAACAAAAUAUAAAUGUAAUUGGAAAGAUGAUAAAGUUUUUAAGAAAUUGAAAAUUAAUCCAUUCAAUAGUAAUAAAGUAUUUUACUUUUUUUAUAAUAAUGGACUAAUAGAAUCAUGUAAAAUUUAUAAUACUUCUAAAAAUAAGGAAAAAAAAAACAAAAACAAAAACAAAAUAUUAUAUAAAGGAAAUAAUUACGAAUUAAGAAAUGAAGACAAAAUUAAUAGAUAUGAUAAUAACAAUAAAAUAAAUAAUAAUAAUAAUCAAAAUAAUGAUGUUCAUAUAACAUCUGUAAAAAACAAAUAUCCUAAUAGAGAAAAUUUUGAUAUAAAUAAGUGCAAUAUUUUAGAAAGUGGUAAUAAUACAUAUAUAAAUGAUAAUGAAAAUAAUUUUAAUAAUAAUGAAUCAAAUAAAGAUAACUUAAGUGAUAAUAAAGAAAAAAGCAUAAAAAAGGAAGAAAUUGAAAAUUUCUUCUGUUCAAAUUCUUAUAAUUCUUUAGUGUCUGGUUCAAGUUUCAUUGAUAUCUUAAAAAAAAAAAAAAAAAAAAAUUUAUACAUUUCUAAUAAUCUAGAAAAAAAAAAAAAAAAAAAAAAAAAACAUACAUUAAAAAGUUUCAUAAAUAAUAAUGAUAAUCUACAUAUUGAAAAUUAUGAACUAUGGUCAACAAAAGAAGUAGUUCAAUGGCUUGUAUUAUGUAAUGUACCUAUUAAAUGGAUAAUGGCAAUUUAUAAAAAUAACAUUACAGGUUUUAAAUUAAAUAAUUUAAAUUUAAAUACUAUUAGAAACAAUUUAGGUAUUUUUUCAUAUGGACAUGCAAUAAAAUUGUUACAGUUAAUAAAAAAUUUAAGAAUAGCAGCAUACAAUAAAAGAUUAUUAACAUGUCUCAAUUUAGAAGAAUACGAAAAUCAUAUUAAAAAAAAAAAAAAUAAAAAUAAAAUAAAAAAUAAAUUAAAAAAUAAAAUAAAUAAACAAAUGAAUAAUUUUAUUGUUGAUAACAUUUUUCAUAAAGAAAAUGAUAAACCAGAGAUAAAUAAUGCAAGUAAAAAUUCUAAUUCUCUUUUAGAAAAUUUAAAUAAAGAAAUUGAAAUGGAAAAUAAACAUAUAAAUAGUAAAGAUGCUUUAUUUUUAGAUGGCAUAAAUUCAUUUACAUAUGUAUCUUCUGAUUCUAUGAGCAAAUCUAAUAAAAUAGAAAAUUGCGCACCAGAAAUAAAUUUAGAUAACACCACCAUAAAUUAUAUAAAAGAAGCAAACAUACACACCAAAAAAAAAAAAAAAAAAAAGAAAAAAAAAAUAAGAAAAAAGAAAGGAGAACAGAUAAACGAAAAAGAAAAUAAAAAUGAGAAAAAGGAAGAUGAAAUAGAAAAUGAAAAUUUUAUUUUCUACUUUCAAGAAGAAUUAUCUUCAAAAAAUAAUUCCUCUAAUUUUUCAAAUAAAAGUUCUUCAUUCUCUACUUCAUCAACAUUAUCAUCCUUCACAUCAUCUACAAUAUCAUCUUCUAACUCUUCUAUUUCUACACAUAUAAGUAAAAAAAAAACUUCCCUAAAUUCCUUAAGUUCCUUAAAUUCAUCAGAAAGUUCAAAUUUAAAAAGUGAUUUAAGUUCUAUAAAUAAUUUAAAUCAUAUAAAUUACAAAAACGUAAAGAAAAUAGCUUCUUUCUCAGAUUCAUCCACAUCUUUUUCAUCUUCUUCAUCUUCUUCAUCUUCUUCAUCUUCAUCUUCUUUAUCUUCAUCUUCUUCUUCAUCAGCUUUAGUUUCAUCUUCAUUCUGUUCAAGUAGAAGUGAUGAUAGAAUUUUUUAUCCUCGUAAUAAAAUAAUAAAGUAUACAAAUAGUAUAUAUAUGAAUAAUAAUUUAACUUUCUCCUAUUUAUAUAGUUUUAUUAUACCACAUGAAGAUUUAAUAUUUCUACAUCAAAUUGAAAACUAUUAUUUUGGUGAUAUGUAUAAUAAUGAUAAUAACAAUAUAGAUUUUAACUUUGAAGAAAAAUUUCAAUUUAUGAAGAAAAUUAAAGCACUUACGUUAGAUAAUGAAGAAAAUAAAUAUAGUAAAAAAAAUAAAGAAAAUGAAGUGAAAUAUACAAAACUUAAAAGUAGAGUAUUUAAAGGGAAGUAUAUGGGGAAAGAAGUAGCUAUAAAAGUAUUAGUAGGUAAAAUAAAAAAUUUUAAUAAAUUACACAAAAUAUUAUAUAAAUUAUAUAUAUUAAGACAUUCUAAUAUUGUACUAAUAAUGGGAGUUUCUAUUAGUUACCCAUUUGUUUUUAUUGUCUAUGAAUAUUUAAAAAAUUUGUGUUUAUUCUCAUAUUUGCAUUGUAUAAAAUAUAAACAUAUAUAUAUAAGCAAAUUUUUUAAAAAAUACAAAAUGAACUAUAAUCUGGAUUUAGAUAAAAAAAUAACUGAUUAUAAGAGUGAAAAUGAAAGUAAAAUUAUUUACCCCAAUGUAAGAUUCUCAAAUGAUAAGGUCCUAAAUGAUAAAAAAAGUAUCAAAAAUUGUAAUAAUGAUAAGAACAAUUCUAAGUUUAUACAAAUAGAAUCGGAAAAUUUCAAUAAUGAAUCAGAAAGUAGUUUAAGUGAUAAUACAGAUUUUGAAAAAAAUAAAAGAGAUAAUAAAUAUUUUAAAAUAAAUAAAUUUAAUUUAUUUAAUUAUGAAAAUAACGUUUUAUGCGGUAUAUACGCUGAUGAAUUAAAAAAUAAUAACGAAAUAAAAAGUUCUUCUUCUAGUGAUACUGAUAUAACAAUAUUUAAUGCUAGUAUAGAUAAAAAUUACUCAUUAUAUGAAAAUAAUAAUAAUUUCAAAAAGGUCAAUCAAAAAGAUAUAAAUAAAAAUAAUAAAAAAUUAGGUAAACUGGAAAAUAAAAAAAAAAUACAAUUAAAUGAUCCUUAUUCUUUUCCUCCUUAUCAAAGAGAAUUAUUCUCUUAUUUAAAAAAUGAGAGAAAAAAAAAAAAAAAAAAAUUUUUGUUUUCCUAUUUAAAAACACAAAUAUAUUUUCAUUCACAAAAAAGUAAUUUCAGAAAUAACCGUCUAAGUGUUCAAAGAAUAAUGAAAAUUAUAACAGAUGUUACACUGGCUUGCUCAUACUUAGAAAAACAUAAGUUAUACCCAUUAAAUUUAAAGCCAACUAAUAUAUUAUUAGAUGAAUCCUUGAAUGCAAAGAUAUCUGAUUUCGGAAUACAUCAAAUUGAAAAAUGUCUUGAUACAAAUAUUGAUUAUUCUUAUGUUGUUUUAUCAAAUAAAUUAAUAAAAUUUAACAAAAAACAUUUAAAUAAAAGAGUAAAAGAAAUGAAAAUAGUUAAUAAAAAUUCUAAUGAUUUAUUAUAUAUAUAUGAUGAUAAAAAUAAUGUGAAUGAGUAUAAUACUAAACUAAUUUAUGGUUCACCAAGUAAUCAUUAUUCUUAUGUUUCCUAUUGGACUCCACCUGAAGUACUAAGAGGAAAAGCAAGUAAAUAUUUAUACUCUGAUGUUUAUGCCUUUGGAAUCAUUCUUUGGGAAAUGUUAUCUAAUAAUAUUCCUUUCAAUUAUCCUUUUAAAUCCCAUUUGGUGGCUUCAGUUGGAUAUGCUAAAGAAGAACUGUCUUUUAAUAAUAUUCCAAUUCCUAUACAAAGUUUAAUAAAAAGCUGCAUUAAUAGAGAUAAGCGUAAAAGACCUAGUUUUCAAAAAAUUUUGAAUAUUUUGUCUAAGUUGUACGAUCAAGCAAAUACAAAAGCGGAAGAUGCAUUAAUUUCCUUUAUGGAUGGAACUUAA